AUGGAAAAUGAUCCCCCAACCCCCAAAUCCCCCCACAGCAUCAGCUGGCUCUCCGAACGAACCCUCUCAGUUUCCACCGCAUCAACCACCACCCUAGCAGACCCCUUCAGCCCAAUGAGCAUCGCCUCCCCAAGCCUAACACCCCUAGACUCCACCGAAUCCCCCCUCCUAAUCAAGUAUGCCAAGGUCCCCUUCCGAGAGAGUCCCAACUUCCACCCCCAUUUCAUCCCCCUCCUACGCCACCUCUCCUCCCACCUCUGGCCCCUCGUCAACUGCGAAACAGGCCUCGAACACCUGGACUUCCCACGAAAUAUGCUGGCCUACAACCUUCUGACCUCGGAGCAGGUCGAUAACCUCGCCCGUCACUUCCAUCAGGUCUACCCGCCUGUCCCAGCAACUUUUAACUAUCCUACCUAUAUAACCCCGUGGAUCGGCACGUCGGAGGAGACGACCAUUGAUCUCCCUACGAGGAUAAAGAGGAUGGGAAAGUUUUUUGGGCUAAGGGGAUGUGAGGAGGAUGUGGAUAUGGAGAUGGAUGCUGUUGCACAAGGAAAGGCUGGUGAAAAUGGGAACGGGGAGAAUAUGAGUGAAAGUGAAGAUGAGCUACUACGCCAGAUGGAGUUGGAGUGGCAACAGGCAUUACAAAGGGCGUAUGCGGAGGAGUCGCAUCGCUGGAACUUGAAGUGA